AUGCGCUCAUCUCUGAUGAGACUGGCAUCAGCCGCAAACACACAACGAGGCCUUAAGCCCAAUCCUACUGCCCUUCUUCCUCCUAUUCCCUUAUACCGCCGACUCCUCCGUGCCCAUCGCAAGCAUUUGCCAGCUGAGAUGAGAGUUCUUGGAGAUGAGUACAUCAAGGCUGAGUUCAGAGCGCACAGAAAGGUGGAUAACCCGGCUCAUCUGAUUGGUUUCCUAACAGAGUGGCAAAUGUAUGCGCAAAAAAUUGAAGGCGAUCAGUGGGUGGGUGAUAAGUUGGAUGAGCAGAAGCUCUCAAAGAUGAGCGAUGAACAAAUACACCAAUUAUACGAGUUGAUGCAGGCCAUUCAAAACCGGAGCAAAGAAGGUGGCGGCCAGGAGUCAUAG